CGAUGAACCAGGCUCCAAUUCCCGAUGAGUUCCCGACUGAAAUGAUGGCCCCAGUGCAGGCUCCACAUCCAGUUUUUGCACCAGGUCCAACUCUAUUUCCAGCACCUUAUCCUUACCCGAUACAGAAUGUUGACCAAUACAUUCCCAUGAUGCAAAUACGGCCGCUCUUUUAUGAUGCUACGAUGAACCAGCCUCAGUUUCCUAAACCACCUCCGUUUGGUUAUCCAGCUGUGCUCCCGCGUCAAAUGAUGGCUCCAAUCUGGGUUCCACAUCCAGUUACUAUUGGCCCAGGUCCAGCUCCAAUUCCACCAGUUUAUCCUAACCCGAUCCGUUUUAGAAACCAAAUUGUUCUCAAGAAGCGAGUACGGCAGCGAAAGGCCGCACCAGGUGCGAGGCGGUCCUCUGACGAUACGAGUGGCAAGGAGAACCAGCCUCAACCUAGCACGAGUGGUCUAGCUGGUGCUGGUUCUAGGUACGCCCGGACACAUACUGAGUCGACUGGGUCUGAUAUAAGCAUGUUUAAUCCUACCGGUGCAUCUACCCCACGUCGCAGAAGUAAUUCCGGCGAGCAGGAGGAAAACGGAGCCUCUGCUACUGCAGAGACGGAUCAAAAAUCCUCCAGUUAAAGAAGACUUUCUAAGAUGUACAACUCGAUAUCAGCAUAUGUAUCAAUCUCAUAAUCCACUCUAUAUUAAGCAGGGCCAUAACAAAAAAACUGCUUACAGAUAAUUUCAGACUGGUGACAUGCCAACUGAUUCGUGCAAUCUUAUCGAGUUCGACAAAUCAUUUAUGUUGUUUAUAUUUGGUUUCAUUUAUGUUAUUUUUAGUUUCAUGCUUGAAUGUGUAUCAAGUCUUUUCGUUGCUUUGUUCAUAAUUUCGUUCAGUUGCUUUUGUUCAUUGUUUCUAUUAAACUUUCUUUGAGAGUUCAAUUGUAGCUGUUAAUUUACGUAAAGAUAGCUCAAUACAGCAUUAAGGAUCGAAUACAUAUUCGCUCCUUCACUUGUGAGAACGCCUGAUUGCUUUGCUAAUAUUGACAAAAGUAUUGUCAUUUUCCUCAAGAAGGCAGUCUUUUAGAUCUGAACCCCAUGUAUUGCAUCACUGUCGCCUUUACUACAUGUGUAAAGGAGGCACAAACCUACGGAAAUCAGUCCCCGGUGAAUCUUGCUCAAACUUUGGGAAUACGCUCUCCAGAGCAUCCUGCUCAAAAGUUCUCCUGGGCUAGCUUUUUGAUUGUGUUAUACUGCACUACCUAUUUUUGUUAAUUUAUACUAUUCAUAUUUUUCCGUUUCCAAAAUCAAACAAAAGUAUGUUUAUUUUGAAAGAAAUUAGUCGAGUAGCUAGUUUCAUAUACAGGCCUCAUUAAAAUUAACAUAGUUUUGUUCUUUUUAUCUGAGUUUCAUCUUUGGAGUUUGCUCAAAGUUCUUCUAUUUUAUAUAUUUUUACUUCAAGCUGUUAUUCGGAAGGUUCUAGACGCUUGUAAAUACUUUGAAAUAAACAACAAAACUCUGAAGAUUGAAAAGAUUAGACGGUGCACUUACAUACAAUGAAGCACUGUUAUUCAGGUGUAGGUAUCUCAAUAUUUGUUAGUGAAACCAUUAAACCAAUAAAUGGUAAAAGGCUAUGGAAAUAGGAUUCUUUUCUGUCAAUGCAUUUAUCUAAUCCAAAAUUAAGAGGAAUAUCCGUGUCGUGCGGUUUUGAACAGAAUGGCUGACAAAAAGCCCGAAAUUUUAAUUUUUCGUGUAACUAGUUAAUUUUGCUUCCAAGUUCCGUGUUAUCACAAUUUAUUUACAGAACGUGGGCCAAUGUCAAUAUGGCGCCUAGUGUAUUUUGUUGCCAUACUUCACUGCCUCGAAAGUUAUUCUUAUCAUAAAAUUUGAUUUUUUCCUUUUAACAUACCACUUUGUAAGUCAGCGUAAAAUAAUAUGCAUAUAUAUUGUUUUAAAGGAUAUUUUUUAUAAGCGAACUUAUUUUCAAUCAUAAAAGGUAAUUACAAAUUAAGCAAGGAGCUUUAGCAUGUGUACUAUUAUUUUAGUUAUGUGUUUAUAAGUGUGCUAGGUCUGUAUAUUUACAAAAUUACAAAAUAAUUGUUUGUCUAAUGAAAAACAAGGAGACUUACUGUGAAGGGUUCCAUUUCGGGCAGGCUGGGGCUUGUUUUACAUUAGGCAAAAAAUUCCUAAAAAUUUGAUAAUGGGUGUUUAUUCUUGUCUAUCUCCUUACAUGUAAGUAAUGUAUUACAGUAAUUUAAGCUUAAACUAAGCGUGUUCUGGAAGUGUGGUUAAU